AUGACGUACGGCCGGAACCAUUGCGAGCCGCAGCAUAUCGCCGCCGCGUCGGCGGCACUGGCAUCCCUGACGCGGCUGCAGGACUUGGAGAUGGACUGCGGGGAGGGGCUCGGAGCCGCCGUGCUGGCUGCCGCGCUGCCCGCGCUGACCUGCCUGACGCGCCUCAGCCUCGAGGACUGGAGCUCGGCUGCAUGUGGUCGCAAGCACGGAGUUACCAAGGCGUGCCUUGACUGGGAAGAUCACGACUGGGCUGGCUUCCGCGGCCUGGAGCUGCCUGGCAUCACCAGCCUGACGCUUGACACAGAGAACUGGGGCGGCACCAUCUCGCACACCAUUGACGUCAGGUUGGCCGCCAACUGGUUUGCUUGCGGCCCCGUCGGCCUGGAUACCGUCUUUCCAAGUCUCGAGUCCCUGGAUGUGGAAACCCGAGACGUCUACCGCUGUGGCCUGGACAUCGACCGCGGCGCUCUCCCCAUGUUUCACAACCUGCGGGAGCUCGCCGUGCCAGGGUUCUGCUGCCACACCUCACCACAGCCCGACGCCUUCCUUUUACUUGCCCCCAAGCUGACCGCACUGCAAGUUAGCGAGCUCCCCAUGUUGGACCUGGCGCCGCUUGCCAACCACCCCACCCUCGAGAAGCUGACCCUAAGCGGCUACCAAGAGGACACCCUGGACGUUGAGGGCGUGGCCGCGUACGACGCCGUCCUGCGCAGCCUGCCGCGCCUGAGGAGCGUGGCGCUCGAGGGCAGGGGCUGGAACCUGUGGCCGGGCCAGGCCAACGAGCCAUAUGAGUGCGCCGCGGCUCUGCUGCGCUCGCUGACGGCGUGGCAGGCGCGGCGCCUUACAGAGCUGGUGUACAUAGUGGAUCAGCCCAGCUGCGCCGCGCUGCCCCUGGGCUACUUGCUGCCGCGCCUGGCUGCCGAGCUGGGGCCGAGCCUUGAGCGGCUCGUGCUGGACCCCUGCCGCCUGCCGCGCGCAGGCGGCGGCGACGGCGGCCUGGCCAAAGGCGCUCACGAGGGCGGGCUGCUGUGCCUGCCGCUGUUCCAGCGGCUGCAGUGCAUGGAGCUGCACGUAAAAGCUGAGUUUGAGGAGGGGUCUAGAAGGCUGCCCAUUGCGAAAGAGUGCAUAGACGCCCUGGUAGCGCCACUCGUGUUGUGUGGGUGUGUUGGCCCCUGCCUGCGGGAGCUGGUUGUGAAGCUGCCGGCCGGUGCGGUCACGAGUGGUGUAUGGGCGCACUGCGAAAGCGUGAGCGCCCAGUGCCCUGGUGACGUGCUGCGGUUUGAGCUGGUGUAG